AUGCAAGGCUCGAUUUUUCCAGCACGGUUUUCCCUCGGGCUCCAGGCUCUCCCGCUGGUGCAGCUCCGGGUGGUUUGGGUGUGGAGCUCCGCCAGCCUCCGCCCGCUCGGGAUCCGGCCCUGGAAGCUGUGGAGUUGCAGUCACAGCUGGAGCAGGGCUUUCUUGGUGUCCCAUCUCUGUCCUCCCCUCCCGCCUUCGCUGAACCCCAGCUCCUCUCCCGGAGGAAGGGUGCACGCUGUGAGCAUCUCCCAUCCACCGAAAUCUAUGAUCAGCUCGGUGUGUGUCUCCUCCUACCGUGGACGCAAGUCUGGGAACAAACCACCCUCCAAAACAUGCCUGAAGGAAGAGAUGGGCAAAGGGGAAGAGUCGGACAAGAUCACCAUCAAUGUAGGUGGCACCCGGCAUGAGACCUACAAAAGCACCCUACGGACUCUGCCGGGCACCCGCCUGGCCUGGCUGGCUGACCCCGAUGCCCAGAGCAACUUUGACUUUGAUGGUAAAAGCAACGAGUUCUUCUUCGACCGCCACCCCGGGAUCUUCUCCUACGUGCUCAACUACUACCGCACCGGGAAGCUGCACUGCCCUGCGGACAUCUGCGGGCCCCUCUUCGAGGAGGAGCUCACCUACUGGGGCAUCGACGAGACCGACGUGGAGCCCUGCUGCUGGAUGACCUACCGCCAGCACCGCGACGCCGAAGAGGCCCUGGACAUCUUUGAGAGUCCCGAGCCUGGUGGAGGGGCUGCUGGAGAGGAGCCUGAAGAGGAAGGGGGUAGGGAGAUGGCCCUUCAGCGCCUGGGCAUGGAUGACAGGCCCCCAGGGGCGGCGGGGGCUGCUGGAGGAGGUGGCUGCUGCCGGAACUGGCAGCCCAAGAUGUGGGCGCUCUUUGAGGAUCCCUACUCGUCCAAGGCAGCGAGGGUGGUUGCUUUCGCCUCGCUUUUCUUCAUCCUGGUCUCCAUCACAACCUUCUGCCUGGAGACGCACGAGGCCUUCAACAUCGACGUCAACGUGACGGAGACCCUGGUGGUUGGCAACACCACGACGGUGCUGCUGACGCACAAAGUGGAGACGGAGCCCAUCCUCACCUACAUCGAAGGGGUCUGCGUGCUGUGGUUCACACUCGAGUUCCUGGUUCGCAUCAUUUGCUGCCCAGAUAAGCUUCUCUUCAUUAAAAACCUGCUCAACAUCAUUGACUUCGUGGCCAUCUUGCCCUUCUACCUGGAGGUGGGUCUCAGUGGCCUGUCCUCCAAAGCUGCCCGGGACGUGCUGGGCUUCCUACGGGUGGUGCGCUUCGUCCGCAUCCUCCGGAUCUUCAAGCUGACGCGGCACUUUGUGGGUCUCCGGGUGCUGGGCCACACGCUCCGGGCCAGCACCAAUGAAUUCCUGCUCCUCAUCAUCUUCCUCGCUUUGGGGGUCUUGAUUUUCGCCACCAUGAUCUACUACGCCGAGCGGAUCGGAGCCAAGACGUCCGACCCAACCGGGAGCGACCACACUCACUUUAAGAACAUCCCCAUCGGGUUCUGGUGGGCCGUGGUCACGAUGACGACCCUGGGCUAUGGUGAUAUGUACCCCAAGACCUGGUCGGGGAUGGUGGUGGGGGCCCUGUGUGCCCUGGCCGGGGUGCUGACCAUCGCCAUGCCCGUGCCCGUCAUCGUCAAUAACUUUGGGAUGUACUAUUCAUUGGCCAUGGCCAAGCAGAAGCUGCCAAAGAAGAAGAAAAAGCAUAUACCCCGUCCGGCACCGCUGGACUCCCCCACCUAUGGAAAAUCUGAGGAAAACUCCCCCCGGAACAGCACCCAGAGCGACACCUGCCCUUUGGCAGUAGAGGAGGGGGUGACUGAGCGGAAACGGUCAGACUCCAAGCAGAACGGUGAGGCCAACGUGGUGCUGUCGGACGAGGAGCAGCCGCUGUCCCCGACGGACGAGGAGAAGCGGCCGAUGCGGCGCUCCAGCACCCGGGACAAGAACAAGAAAUCCUCCACGUGCUUCCUGCUGGCCACGGGGGACUUCUGUGCAGCAGAUGGAGGCAUCCAGAAAGGCUAUGGAAAAUCACGGAGCCUGAGCAGCAUAGAUGGUGUGGCAGGACCCGCGGUGGGGCUGGCUCCGCUGGCAUCCCGCUGCAGCUCCCCCUGCUCCCUGCAGCGCCCCUGCUCCCCCGUCCCCUCCAUCCUCUAA